GCUGAAACUGUCAACAAAGCGGCAGCAUUAUCCUCGGUGCGUUCAACUGAACACACGCGCAAACUGCGAAUCACGAACAACACGUGGCCUAAUAUUAGACCGGCGGAAUCAGCCGGUAGCAGGCAUGACACAGACAGUUGGAAUCACUAAAACACUCCUUAUAUUGUGAAAUAAACUCUGUUACCGGCACAGAUCAUAAAUGUUAAUUUCAAGUCAGUGUAAAAAUGAGCAGCGGAAAAUGGAGGGAGUAUGCAGCGGCACUCAGUGCAACCCUGAUAGCGGCUGCGGCAGGCACCACUGUAGGUUGGACGUCGCCGACACUGCCCAUGCUUCUAGCACCAGACUCGCCCAUCAAGACAUCCAACGACGAGAGCUCCUGGAUCGUCUCGCUUAUGAUACUUUGCUCAGCGGCAAGUCCUAUUCCUGCGUCAUAUUUGGCAGACAAAAUCGGCACCAAGAAGACGUUGCUGCUAGCAUCAGUGCCUUACAUCAUUGGUUGGAUUCUGGUGAUGCUGGCUAACAAUGUGCCUACUAUUUACGUGUCCCGACUGAUCUCCGGUCUGGGAUACGGCAUAGCUUACACCGCCGCACCAAUGUACCUUGGAGAAAUCGCCUCCGAUAAAGUGAGAGGUGCUAUGGCCACUCUCAUUACUGUAAUGUCUAAGGCCGGCAUCUUAUCACAAUACUGCAUCGGCCCAUAUGUUUCAAUGCUUGGCUUAGCUAGUUUUAACAUCGCCAUACCAAUUCUAUUUGUUGUAACAUUCAGUGCUAUGCCCGAAUCUCCAUAUUACUUCAUCAAAUCUGGAAGACUGGAUCAAGCUGAAGGCUCCUUAAAGAAACUACGCGGUAGAGGUUUUAUAAGAGAGGAACUGGAGAGCAUGAGCACAUUAGUCAACGAAAAUAUGAAGGAAAAAGGACGAUGGAAAGAUUUGGUUACUGUAGGAGGAAACCGAAAAGGAUUAAUAAUAUUGCUGGGAAUAUAUUUCACACAGCAAUUUUGUGGUAGCACCGCUAUAAUAUCAUAUGCUCAACAAAUUUUUGGAGCAGCCGAAGGAGGAUUAGGUGCAGAAGUAUCUUGUAUACUCUUUGGAACUGUACAACUAAUUACGUCUGCCAUAUCAUCACAAUUAGUGGACAGAUUAGGAAGGAAACCUCUAUUAUUAGUAUCUUCGUGCGGUGUCGGUUUAGCGAACAUUAUUAUUGGUGCCUAUUUCUUCAUGAAAGAAAUGAACAACGAGUUCAUAGUGAGUCUGAAAUUCAUUCCUAUAGUUGUGAUACCCAUUUUUAUAUUUUCUUACACCAUAGGUUUAGCCACUGUGCCUUUCGCUAUAACGUCGGAGAUAUUUCCGACCCAUAUUAAGUCAAAAGCCACUUGUGUUAUACAGAUCUGUGUGGCUCUUAUGACAUUUGCAGUUACGAAAUUGUUCCAAGUAGUGAGAGAUAGUUUAGGAGAUUACGUUGCUUUCUGGGGUUUCGGUGUUUUAUCGGUAGCUGGUGUUGUGUUUAUACUAAUUUUGUUACCCGAAACGAAGGGUCAGUCUUUUGCAGCUAUUCAAGAAAGAUUAUAUACGGCAAAAGAAAAAGUUGAGUAUGAAAAAGGCAAUGGACAUGCGGGUGCUGUUAGAAUUAUUAGUUAAGUAAACACGAGAAAGUCUGGCCGCAUACAUCCGUGUUCGGUUUCCUGUACAGGAACUCCGUAUUGGAAUUCACGUUAAAAAAAACGAACACUGAAGACGAAUAUAUGCAGCCAGUCUAAGAGAGUGAUUUAUUUAGGAGCAUGGUGAUGAGCUAAGAUCAACAAAAAAAAAUGUUUUGUUUAUGUCUUGUCUUGCUCUUUUACUGGAUCGCGAGGUUUUUCAAUUAACAAAAUGAUUAACUUAUACAAAUAAUUUAUAACACACAGUUUCGAUUAUCGAUUCUCAUUUACAAUGCAUGAAAUAAGUACUUAGUAUACGUUUGUUUAGUAUUAAUUUAAAUAUUUGUUAAACCAGGUGGUGAUUAAAACUUUUAUCUUAUUUAUUACAUGGACACUGGUGUUAAAAUUAUAAAUUUGUCUCCGAUCACUUCAACCAAUUUUUUAUUUUGUUAUCAAUAUGUUUUGACUUAAAAUCGAUUAGAGAAAGAUCAUUUGUGCAAAAAAUGCACAAUUACGCUUAUUUGAGCGUUGAAUGAAAACGAUAUGUAUCGCUAUCCGUAGAACUACAGAUAGAACUCUGUAUCGUUCCUGCGAAAUACUGCGUUACGUUGUACGGGACUGGACGCUAUAAGUCGCUGCCCCACCCCUUACUACAAAACGCAAUACUUUGUGAAAACAUACGAUAGCGAUUUACAUCCUUAGGGUAAUAAAUCCUUACUGAACUAUAGAUAAAUAAAUAAGACACGUCAACUUAUUUCAUAAUUUGGUAGUUUGCUAUAUAAAUGAUUUGAUUGUAUUUACUCUAUUAUUUACUAAUAAUACAAUUUUUAUGUCUAUAUUUAAUAGUAAUUCAAAAUAAAAUAGAUUUUCUCUAUUAUGGCGCCAGUGUUCUCGUAAUAGAUCAUAAUGAUAAAGCCUACAAAUAAAUGGUUUUGGAUAACGUUUAUUUUAGUUACCAUGUAUGUUAUAUGAAAUUGUUAAUACUUGUUUGUUAGGGAUGUAUAUGCCAUUGUCAUACAUUAAUUUUAAUUUCAUGCUUAUCAUUAAUUUCCAAAAAUAGAAUUUCUUUUAUAAUAAUGGCUGAUUACAUUGUUACAUUAUGUAAAAGAUAUAUUUAUUUUCCAAUCUAAAACAUAUCUAAUUGAUUUAUCUCUUAAACUGAAAUCUGUGAUUUAAAUAGACUUUACUAAAAUAGCAAAAGAUAAGAAAUAUUAAACAGUGCCUUUUCCCAAUAUAUAUUAUAAAUACAAUAUUGUAUUUACAAGAGAAGCUAUUUAUAAUACUUGUAUGUAUUGAUAUAAAAUAUUUUAGAAAAUGUAUUGAAUGUUAUAUCCAAAUAAUAUCAGUACCAUACAUUAGGUAUUCAUAAAGCCCUAUAUUUUAUAAAAAAAACUGAUCUCUAAAUCAAGAUAUCGCAACAUAUACUUUAUUAAUUCCAUAAUUUUUUACAUAAGCAAUUUUAAGCCAAACAUGUGGUACUUACAAAAAGUGAUAUUAGUUAAGUCUAAGUGCUAGAACUAUGUAAGUACUUAUAGCAUAUUAUUUACACAUUUUAUAUUGUUAAUUAAAAUUUGAAACAUUAAACGUCGUAUAUUAAAUGAAGACUUAAUUUAGUACCAAGAUUAAACCAUUAUUAGACCAAAAC